AUGGAGACAAUACCAGAGGAUCGCCAACAACGUUAUACGUUAUGGAAGAAAAACACAAAACUACUCUACGAUUAUUUAAAUACCAAUAGCUUCAAAUGGCCGUCGUUAAGCUGUCAAUUCUUCCCCGACUUGGAUACUUCGUCAGAUACUCAUAGGCUACUAUUCACCUCUUUCACAUCAUCGCAACUGCCACAGGAUGAAAAUGUCACCAUUGCAAGCAUAUCAACGCUGAGACAUGUACCUUGGUCGUCCCUGAACAAUUUUGACAUGGAUGAGAUGGAGUUUAAGCCCGAUCUUUCCACCAAGUUACCACCUAAAAAUUUACAAAUCCAAUUGACAAUCAAUUUCCCACACGGCGAUUGUAAUAGAGCUACCUAUCUACCACAGAACCCGGACCUCAUAUCUACAGCAUCAAGUGACGGUAGCGUUUACAUCUUUGAUAGGACUAAGCGCGGUAAAAGCCCUAUAUCUCAUCUAAGAGGACCUUUUGAAGCUCAACUGCUGCCGAACAACAAUGGUUCGCCGAUAGGUGAAACCGUGGCAUUAGACUGGAACCGUCAAAUUGAAGGUAUAUUAGCGUCAACCUACUCCAAUGGCCAAUUAUGUAUCUGGGAUAUCAAGAAAUUCGAAAAGAGAAAUCCGAUAAUGAGCCAGCCCUCCGCUGACUUUAUCGAUACAGAGUCCCAAGGGUUUAACGAUGUCUCGUGGAUGCCAUCCCACGAUUGUCUAUUGUCCAUUGCUCGAGAAGAUAAUAUAAUGACGCUUUUCGAUACGAGAACAAAUGGCAACAUUGCACAAACAGGCCCAUCAACAAAUCAUGCAUCUGGUAUUAACUGUACCAAAUUCAACCCAUCGCAACCAUUAUUAGUGGCAACCGCCAGUGGUGAUGGGUUGGUACAGCUAUGGGAUAUUCGCAAAUUGCAUAAUCCGAUAAAAACUAUAAACUGCGAAUCCCCACUGUCUGCACUUGAGUGGAACCCACAACUGCCAACAGUACUAGCUACAGGUGGGCAAGAGGAUGGAUUAGUCAAGCUUUGGAACGCAUCUAAUGGUCAAUUACUCUUCACUCAUGGUGGUCACAUGCUGGGUGUCAAUGACAUCGCCUGGAGUCCGCACGACAAGUGGCUAAUGUGCAGUGUAGCCAAUGACAACUCCACACACCUGUGGAAACCUGCUAGCAGACUAGUAACAUGA